AUGCCUGUGAUAUGCCGGCGACAUUUUAAGCACCCGACAUGCGUGACCGCCAUCAUUCUCACCAACUGUGGCUCAUCCCCGUUUACAGAUGAGGAAAGAGACUGGCCGGAGCUGCGGCUGGUGGGCGGCUCGGGCCGCUGCUCCGGGCGCGUGGAGGUCCUCUACCAGGGGGCCUGGGGCACCGUGUGCGAUGACCUGUGGGACCUGAACGAGGCGGAGGUCGUGUGCCGGCAGCUGGGGUGCGGCCGGGCCAUGUCUGCCCUUGGCAAGGCCCACUUUGGCCCGGGCUCUGGAGACAUCUUCCUGGACAACCUCCAGUGCGCGGGGGUGGAGCGUCACCUGGGCCAGUGCGCCCACUCGGGCUGGCGGGAGCACAACUGUGGCCACCACGAGGACGCCAGCGCCAUCUGCUCAGGUAACCUCUCCUCUUCCAGGUGGUCACUGCCAAUCCCCAGGUACUCCAAGACCCCAUGCUGGAAUUCAGAGGUAGCCGGGGGCAAAGAGGCCUGGUGGACCAGAGGCGCCUCACACACCCCACCUCUGUCCACAGGAGACUGGCCGGAGCUGCGGCUGGUGGGCGGCUCGGGCCGCUGCUCCGGACGCGUGGAGGUCCUCUACCAGGGGGCCUGGGGCACCGUGUGUGACGACCUGUGGGACCUGAACGAGGCGGAGGUUGUGUGCCGGCAGCUGGGGUGCGGCCGGGCCAUGUCUGCCCUUGGCAAGGCCCACUUUGGCCAGGGCUCUGGAGACAUCUUCCUGGACAACCUCCAGUGCUCAGGGCUGGAGCACUACCUGGGCCAGUGCUCCCACUCCGGCUGGCAUGAACACAACUGUGGCCACCAUGAGGAUGCCGGCGUCAUCUGCUCAGAUGCGGAAGACCUGCCCCCUCCCACACCUCCAGGUCUCCCUUCAGUUUCUCAGGAUCAUAUUCCAGGAGGAGACCAUUCUUGUGGCGGGGUCAUCUCCAGCUUCUCUGGCUCGUUUUCCAGUCCGCUGUACCCGGACAACUACCCAACAGACAUGCAGUGUGUCUGGGAGAUCCAUGUGGAUAAAAACUUCCGCAUAGAACUUGUGAUCCCAAGUUUGAAACUAGAGGACAUACUCGGAUGCCCCUAUGACUCCGUUGAAAUCUUUGAUGGCCCCAGGAUUGCCUCUCUCUCCAUGGGGAAGUUCUGUGCCUCGGUCGCCGUGAUGUUUUUCUCCUCCUCAGACAUCAUGACAGUGGUGUUCCGGAGUGACUCUAUGAUCACCAACACCGGCUUCUAUGCUCUGUUCAAUGCUAUUCCACAGAACGAAAUGGAGGCAGAUAAUGGGCCAGAGCUGCGGCUGGUGGACGGUUCUGGACGGUGCUCUGGACGCGUGGAGGUCCUCUACCAGGGGACCUGGGGCACCGUGUGCGACGACCUGUGGGAUAUGAAUGAGGCUAAGGUCGUGUGUCGACAGCUGGGGUGUGGAUGGGCCAUUGCUGCCCCUGGAAAAGCCCAUUUUGGCUCAGGCUCUGGAGACAUCCUCCUGGACAACAUUCAGUGCUCAGGGAAUGAGAACCACCUUGGCCAGUGCCCCAGCUCCGGCUGGUCAGACCACAACUGUGGCCACCACGAGGAUGCAGGUGUCAUUUGCUCAGGAGGAAGUAAUUCUUGUGGAGGGGUGAUUUCAAGUCUCUCAGGCACCUUCUCCAGCCCCUGGUAUCCAGCAAACUACCCCACAGACGUGGAGUGUGUCUGGGUGAUCCACGUGGCUGAGAAGUUCCACAUCGAACUGAAGAUCCCAAGUCUGAAGCUGGAGGACAUCUACGGGUGCCCUUACGACUUCAUCGAAGUGUUCGAUGGGCGACAGAGAGCCUCGCUCUCCAUGGGCAGGUUCUGUGCCGGGGCAGACCUCACGUUCUUCUCCUCCUCGAACAUCGUCACUGUGGUAUUCAGAAGUGACGCCAUGAUCACCAACACGGGCUUCUAUGCGCUGUACAACACGGUUCAGCAAGAAGAGCGUGAGAGCGGUGUGUCGCUGAGGCUGGUGAAUGGCAGCCACAGGUGUGAGGGCCGGGUGGAGGUCCUCUACAACGGCACCUGGGGCACGGUGUGUGACGACAGCUGGGACCUGACGGACGCCUGGGUGGUGUGCCAGCAGCUGGGCUGCGGCCAGGCCCUGUCAGCCCCCUCUCAGAGCUACUUUGACGGGGGCAUGGGCCACAUCAUGCUGGACGACGUGCAGUGCACAGGGAAGGAGGCCAAGGUGUGGCAGUGCCUGCACAAUGGCUGGUUCUCCCACAACUGUGGGCACCAGGAGGACGCCAGCGUCAUCUGCUCCGCGACAACAUCAUCACCAACAAAAGAGCCAGACACGUUUCCUGAGGCCAAAGGGGGUGGCCCAGCGGUGACUGCUGUCCCUCCCCCAGACGUGGCCCUCAGGCUGAGCGGCGGCGGCCACCCCUGCGAGGGCCGCGUGGAGCUGCGCCACAACGGCACCUGGGGCACCGUGUGCGACGACGGCUGGGACCUGCGGGAGGCCCAGGUGGUGUGUCGGCAGCUGGGCUGCGGGGCGGCCAUGGCAGCCCCCGGGCGCGCGAGCUUCCAGCGGGGCCUGGGCCCCAUCGCCCUGGACGACGUGGAGUGUGCGGGCACCGAGGCGCGGCUGUGGCACUGCCUGCACAGCGGCUGGUUCUCCCACAACUGCGGCCACCACGAGGACGCCGGCGUCGUCUGCUCAGCCUCCCUGCAGGGUGCAACAGCCUCAGCUGCUGGAAGCUACCCAGCCUCAGGUCUGAGCCUGCGGCUGGUGAAUGGGUCGAGCAGGUGUGAGGGCCGAGUGGAGGUCUACCACGCCGACACCUGGGGCACCGUGUGUGACGACAGCUGGUCCAUCGAGGACGCCCACGUGGCCUGUAGGCAGCUCGGCUGUGGCCUGGCCGUGUCUGUUCUCCCGGGGGCCAGCUUCAGCCCCGGGUCAGGCAGCAUGCUCCUGGGCGACAUCAACUGCACGGGCAGCGAGGCGUCCCUGGACCAGUGCCCUCACGGAGACUGGUUCGCCCACAACUGCAGGCACCGCGAGGACGUCGGCAUCAUUUGCUCAGACCUGCCGGAGGUGAGGCUGGCAGAUGGCAGCGGCAGGUGCAAGGGCCGCGUGGAGCUGCGCCACAACGGCACGUGGGGGACGGUGUGUGACGACCUCUGGGGCCUGCCGGCGGCGCAGGUGGUGUGCCGGCUGCUGGGCUGCGGGAUCGCGCUGGCAGCCCCCAGGAGCAGCCUGUUUGGGGAUGGCUCCGGCCCCAUUUUCCUGGACAAUGUGAGGUGCACGGGCAACGAGACCAACCUGGGGCAGUGCCAGCACCUCGGCCUGUCCGUCCAUAACUGCGGGCACCACGAGGACGCCGGGGCCGUCUGCUCAGAUCUGCCCGUCAUCAGGCUGGUGGACGGGAGGAGCCGCUGCGAGGGCCGCGUGGAGCUGCAGCAUGACGGCGCGUGGGGCACCGUGUGCGACGACCUCUGGGACAUCGGCGCCGCCCACGUGGUGUGCCGGCAGCUGGGCUGCGGGGAGGGCAUCGGCGCCCUGGGGAACGGCCACUUCGGGGAGGGUGUGGGCAGCAUCCUCCUGGACGACGUGCAGUGCCAGGGCAACGAGACCACCCUGGGCCAGUGCCAGCACCUGGGCCUGUCCAUCCACAACUGCGGCCACCACGAGGACGCUGGGGUCAUCUGCUCAGGUGCUCACUCUUGUUCUGAUUCGGUAGUUCCAGUGGAGCCAUCGCUCUCCAGCUCCCAGGCGCUGCCUGUGAUGCUGGCCGUGGGCCAUGUUCGGGCGGCAGGCGUUGCCCCCCCCACUUCCACGCAGCUGACUGGCUCUCCCCCCUCAGAGCUCCCCCUGCGCCUGGUGGGCGGCAGCCAGCGCUGCGAGGGUCGCGUGGAGGUCCUGCACCAGGGCGUGUGGGGCACGGUGUGCGAUGACCACUGGAACAUCAAGAAUGCCCGCGUCGUGUGCCGCGUCCUGGGCUGUGGUCACGCGCUCGGGGCACCUGGGCACGGCUACUUCGGCCCAGGCCACGGCCCCAUCCUGCUGGACAACGUGCGCUGCGCGGGCACCGAGGAGGCACUGGAGGACUGUGCCCACGCGGGCUGGGCUCAGCACAACUGCCAGCACGAGGAGGACGCGGGCGUGGUCUGCACAGCUCUGGUCCGGCCUCACACUCUGGAGAGACCCUCACUCAACGGUCCAGCUGACUCUGUCAUACCCAAGGACAAUGCCCAGCUCUCCUGCUUGCCUCACCUCUUCCAAGUCAUCAUCGACCGAGGGUACCUCCGGAGGCUGGGCUACUCCUCCUGGGACUUCCACUUGAACGAUGAGCUGUGCCGCCCCCAAGUCACGGGGCGCUACCUGAUCUUCAACAUCCCCUAUGGCCGCUGUGGCACCGUCAGGCAUGAAAACCCCGGCUCCCUCAGCUACUCCAACUCCAUCAGAGGCCGAACGCGGGGCCACCCCGGCCGAGUGGUCGUGCGGCACAAGGUGCCUCAGCUGAAGUUCGCCUGCAGUGUGGAUGGCCCGGCUGCAGCUAAAACUGAGCCUGGGGCUGACGUCCCAAAGGCAGGUGCCAGCUACGACAUGUCCAUAUCCUUCCUGGAGUUGCCUGUGUCCCGGCAUGGGGGGCGCUUUCGGCCAUAUUACGGCAGCCACAGGAAGGAGGUCUUCCUGCAGGCCACUCUCCACAGCGCUGACCCCAGCCUGAGGAUCUUCGUGGAUACCUGUGUGGCUUCUCCAGAUGCCCAAGACUUCACAACUGUCAAGUACGAUUUGAUCCAGCAAGGAUGCAUCAAAGACAACACCUAUGUCAACCUCCACUCCCAUCAGAAGAACACAGCGCAGUUUAAGUUCAACGCCUUCAGCUUUCUCGACAGCUAUGAUGUGGUCUAUGUUCAGUGUAAGAUUGCUGUGUGCAAAGCGGGCGACCUCUCCUCCCGCUGCUCCCAGGGCUGUGCAGGGCGGAGUAAGAGGGGUUCAGGCCCCAUGGAGCCCACAGAAGAGCCAGCGGAGCAUUUACAAACAGUGGGGCCACUGGAAAUCCACAAAGGAACUGGUCAGAGCAAAGGUCUUGUGUGA